AUGUUCGAGAUCAACGCGCAUGCGCUAGGAAGUAAGUUCUUCAGCGAGGGAGCGAAGUUGGUGGAUCAGAUGUUUGAGCGCAUAGAUCUGCUGCUUGAAGAGGAGGACGAAACGCUGGUCUGCGUAAUCAUCGAUGAAAUCGAGACGCUCGCUGCCCGCAGAGAUCGAGCCUUGAGUAGCAACGAACCAUUUGAUGCCAUCCGAGCCGUGAACGCUCUGUUGACAGGCCUCGACAAAAUCAAGGCCCAUCCAAAUGUGAUUGUGGUCUGCACGAGCAACUUGUUGACUGCCCUGGAUCCAGCGUUUCUCGACCGAGUCGAUAUCAAGCAAUGUGUGCCGAAUUUAUCCAGCCGAUCGAUUUAUCGCAUCUACAAAGAUUGCCUCGAGGAGAUGAGUCGUAACCGUAUCAUCGAAGGGGCCGCAUUUGAGGUGAAACUACUUCAACCGGAUGAUCCUCAAACGCGAUUGUCGUACAUGGAAGAGCCGGCCGAGCAGCUCAUGUUACCGACGUAUGAUGAGAUGAUUGUCAACUACCCGAUGUUUCCAGAGGCCAUCCCCACACUGCUGGCCGAGGCGGUGUCGGAGAGUCUGGGACUGAGCGGCCGAACAGUUCGUCGACUGCCCAUUCUAUCGCUAGUAAUGUAUGGCGAGGAAGGAAGGAGCGAUAUUCGCAAGGCCGUUGAUGCGCUGCGAAAGGGCAUCGCGGCGGAGAAGAUGACUAACCAAUUAGAGCAGGCGGAUUGA